AUGACCUCGAAAACAUCCUCCUCCUCGCCGUCGUCACCUCCUGCGAAAAUAUGUUAUCUCCAUCAGACACUAAACGAUAAAAAGAAAUUCUACAAUGAUACAGCCUGGUAUUGUGAUCGUGUCACAGUGGCCCGCAUUCAAUACCUUUGGAUAAUUGAAAAUUUCUGUGCGAUUAAGAAUAAAGUGGACUCGCCGGUAUUUACCGAUGAAACGGAGGGCAAAAUCAAAUGGCAAAUUGUGCUGACCAAAACAGAUGGCCAAAUUGUGCUGCUGGUGAAAAUGGUCAGCAGCAAUCAGUCGUGUGUUAAAUUCAAACUCAAAUUAAAAAUUGUGAAACUGAAUGGAGAUCUCGAUGAUUCCCUGGGGAAAUGGAAUGGUAAUGGUUCGCUGCAAGGCUCUCUAAUUUAUCCACGUAAAAUAACUCUUUCCGAUGUGCGCAAUCCUGCACGACAGCUGCUUAUAAAUGGUGCCCUACAAAUCCGAUGUGAAUUAACGAUGAUGGUGGAUGUGAUCCAUAGUUCACCCUGGGAGGGGUUACAUUCUGUUGGCUCGGCCCUACACCAGCGCAUGGCAACCCUUUUGAAUACGGGGAAAUUUAGUGAUGUUACGUUGGUCGUUAAGGGCGAAGAACUCUAUGCCCACAAAGCCAUUUUAAGUCUACGCAGCAGUGUCUUUGCCGCCAUGUUCGAUCAUGAAUCAAUGACGGAAAAUAAAACCAAUCAAAUACUCAUCAAUGAUUUUGAACCGGAUGUCAUUAAGGAAAUGUUAACCUAUAUGUAUUCGGACGGGGCACCGAAUAUUCACAGCAUGGCUGGAGAACUAUUGGCCGCGGCGGAUAAAUACGAUGUCGAACAGCUGAAAGGAUUAUGUGAAAGUGUACUGAAUAAGGAAAUUUCAAAUGAAACCGUAUUACCUACCUUGGUGUUGGCCGAUCAACAUUCGGCGGACGUUUUAAAGAAACGUUGCUUCCAUUACAUCAAAUUGAAUUUAUCGAGUAUUGUCUUUACCAACGAAUGGAAGACAAUGUUGAAUAAUUAUCAGGAAUUGAUACAUGAAAUUGAGGCCUAUAAUGGCUGUCUAUUUUUGUAG